UUGACAUUUUUAUAAAUGUCAUAUUUUUUAUAGUGUUUAAAAUUUUUUUUUAAAAUUUUUUGUACUAUCAGCAAAAUUAUACAGUCUGAGAAGAUAUAAUUUUUUUCAAAAUCAUGGAAUCACUCGUGAAGAACGAAUUUCAACUCUAUUCCAAUCUUGCAAAACCAUUGAUAUUGAACCUACCCACACCUAAAGAUAGAAUAUUGGCUGCAGCUUGGGUAAAAAAAUGCGCGGAUGACAAGACCGGCUCGGAGCAACUACGCACGACCUAUCUGAAAAUGUUGUUGUUUUGUCUACAACGUCGAAGACUGACAGGAUUGUUUGCAGAUGACCCAGACAAAUACGAAGAACUUGAAGAAUUGCCUUUAGGAUAUGACCUGAACGAGUUAGCCAAAAAUAUAAUUGAACAAGAAUUGGAUGAGAGAAGAGAUAAAGCUAUGCGUGAAAUAUCGGGCGACACUGAAGUCAGUGUCUGUUAUUCAACAGACUGUUCACCAGACCUGACGGAGUAUGUGGCAGCUCAAGAUAUCCCACAUUUUGGGGUUCAUGUUUAUUACGCUCUGUCAAGCAAGCCAAUUAAUAAAUGGAAUAGAUCUGAAAAAGCAAUACUUCCUAAAGGAACGAGAAGUGCAAUUGAAACAAGUAUCACACAAGGAGCUACGGGAGGAAGUGCGUCUGAGCCAUCAUGUGUGUGUACGCCAAGAGGUGCUAAAGUUAAAAGCGAUGAGCCUAGUGGAGAAGGUGAAGAGGAAUCGAAUCUACCAGAGUGCCAACGUACAGACAAAGAGUACGACUCUCGAACAAUGAAGAAAAAGAAGCGACCAAAGAGGAUGGGACAGUCUCCACCCACUCAUCCUAUCGGAGAAGUACACCGUGUGCCGGAGGAGAGAGUUACACCUACGUGGGGUACAAACUUAUUAGAUGUACGAGAACCUACGGAUAUAGGAAAAAUAGAGACACCAACAGAAGAAGAAAUUAAACUCGAGGAGGAAGUUUCUAGAUUGUUAGAAGCAGAAGAAGACCAGGAUGAAGACGAAUCAGAUGGAGGUGACGAAUUUAAAGAGAGUACUCAAGAUAUGCUACAUAUUAUUGAUGAAUGGAAACAACAGAAGAUGGAUAAACCUAAAAGACCGUCGCGUUUAGAUAAGCUCGGCAGCAAAACAGGUAUAAAAAAACCGUCAAGUAUCAAAAAACCGAAGAUACCUGUGAAGGGCAUGAAACAACCUAAGUUGAAAAGAGCGAUGGGCAAAAAGCCCGAUAAUUUGCCCGAAGAAUUUGCUGGAUGGACAGAGGAAGAAUUGGAGGAAGCUGGUUUAACCUGGGCUGACUUAAUGCCUAUUGAAGAUAAUGUAGAUGAUGUAUUGAAGGAAAUAGAAGAUCAGGUAAUGGCUCAAGAAGAUGACCAGCUAUUUGAAGGAAGUCCUAAUAUUCAUAUACCUUACGAGCCUACAGAUUACGACGAAAUGAUUCGGGAAGCAGAAAAAGAUUUAUUGAACAGCAAAACAGUGUACGAAAUCGGCGCCGAGGAAGACCAGGACAUUGUCGAUCAUUACGACGAUCAAAUGGAUGAUUUUGGUGAUGAGUUUAAUAUAUAUCAAGCUGCAGAAGAAAUGCGUGUAGGAUCACCCGCCAUUCAAUCCAGAAUUCCAGUGACUACGCCAGGACGUACUCCUACACCAAACAGGGUGAGAUCGUCUGAAAGAAUAUUCGCAGAAGAAGGAGAUUUUGUUUUUAAAAGGAGGACAUCGCCAUUUGCUCCAAUACAACCGCCACCAAAAGAAACACAAAGUAGGCCACUACAACAUUCAUUCGAAAAUGAAGACUUCGGAGAACGGGACCCGGUAAUGGUACAGAUCUUUGAGGAAGCAAAAUCAGCGGUUCAAAGUAUAGACCAACCGCAAGACCAAUCUAGCGGGUCAGCGAACGUAUCCACGGCAGAAAGAAGUAGACAACAAGCAGAUUUUAGAGGAAAACCCGGGAGUUCUCAACCAGAAAGAGCACCUUUAGGCAGUCCAGAACUGGAUUCCUUACAUUUCGAAAGCAAAUUUCGUCGACAACAGGGAGGCUUAUUUGACCGUUCUCCAGUUCCUGAAAGCGCGAGUCCACCUCAAUUAUCUGACGAUGAGUCUUUUCGGAUGUAUGAAAGCUUCUACCGGGAACAAGAUUCAAGUCCAUCUGAACGAAGUACAUCCGCACGAGCGACAAGUACACCACCAGCAGCAGCUGCAGAACAAGAUUCAAGGCUUCAACGUGCUCAGCUGGAAAUAAAAGCAUGGGAACAAGAGACGAAGCUAAGACAAGGAUCGCCAGAAGCAAGAAGAAUUAUAGAUGAGGCUCAAGGGCAACUUAUGUUAGGUGCACCAGGAGUGAAUGAGGAAGCGCCUUUUCCUACACAAAAACCACAGAGGGUCCUUCCGAAGCCAGCAUUUUCUCCCACAACUGGUUCUCCCUUAAAUGUCCCAAGUUACGACAUUCAACCAGAUGAUCUUGGUGUUAAUUAUGACGAUGUUUUAGAUAUUCCCCCUACACCGUUCCCACCAUGUGGAUAUUCCUCACCGCCAGCUGCUCAACGAGAUGAUCUUUUUACCCGAUUGGGAGCACCUGAAAUCACAACUGAUGACUUUAGGCCAAGACCACCACAGUAUUUCCACCCGGGACUUGAUAUUGCUGCAGAUGAUUCACCACCUCCUCCUUUAUGUAUGGAAGAACAGAUUUGUGAGUCAGCUAGUGGAGGGGGUUACGUAAGACCACCUCGGCCUGUAAGUGAUCUGUCACCUGUAAGAGAAAAGUAUUUCGAUGAAGAAGUAUAUAAGUUCUUCGAAGAAACUGAGCAUAAAGGACAACGUGUCGAUGCUCGACCAAUGUCACCAUGGCGAAAUGAAUCUAUAUAUUACACACCUGAAGUUGAUAGGACACUUUCUGUAGAAUAUCCGUUGGAUUCCCCACCUCCAAGACCAUUUGUUCCUGGAGUAUCAUCUCCUGUAACGCCGCCUUGCCAACUUCCAAUACAACGUCCAGGUGGCUAUGAUACACCGCAUGAUUAUGGUGCUCAAUUUGAUAUGUUGCCCGAUCAUUAUCCUCCAGACCAACGAACUCCCAUAGAACCAAGACCAAUUCCUGGUAUGUCCGAAUUUGACCGAGCACCAUGUCGGGGGGCAGUAAAGGAUUCUUGGCGUAAAGUAGCUUCACCAAGAGGAAGACGCAGACAUUUAGGUGCAGCAGGUACCUUUAAUUCAGCUGGCGAGGAUCAAUAUGAAGAUUUCCAGACACCAAGAAGAAAUCUCAGCCAAUGUAGAGCAAGAUUAUUUCCAACUCCUGAGGGAGAGGCAGGUCCAUCACGAAGGCCAACGGGUUCAACUCCGCCGUUCUACAAUUCGGAUUUUGAAAGUCCACCACCAGCUCCUGUUCCUGUUCAAAGAUUUCCUGCUGCAAAAAGAAUUAAAAAACGAGGGAAAUAUCCAGAACCUGAACCGCCAGUAUCUGAUAUACCACACUUUUCUUUGCCAUGGGAAGAUGGUAUUCAAGAACAACAAAAUCCGCCAGAUUACGAUGAUGUUCGUUUUCGAGCGAAAUAUCGUUUUUGCAACGAUAACCUAUUUGACAGUCCUCCAGCCCUUGAACCUGGCAGUCCCCUUCAAGGAUCUGGUCUUCAAGAUACCUUUGAGAUGUAUGAAAGUUUCUACCGAGAUCAAGAUUCGGGAUCAGGAAGAAGUACACCUACACGAGGGGCAUGUCAAGAGUCAUGUACACCUCCACCUCCAGAUAGAGACCAACAACUAAAACGUGCUCAGUUGGAGUUAAAGGCAUGGGAACAAGAAAUGAAUCUUAGACAAGGAUCUCCAGAAGCAGCAGGCCCAGCUGGAAUUCCGACAGUUAUGGAUGAGCAAGCGCCUUUUUCUACACAACGACCUCAAAGGAUGCCCCCUAAACCUGCAUUUUCUCCGACAACUGGUUCGCAACUUCCUGUUCCAGAUUACGAUAUUCAACCAGAUGAUCUUGGUGUUAGUUAUGAUGAAGGUCUAGAUUUUCGUUCAUUUUCACCAUGUAGGCCAGGCGGAUCUUCAUCACCGCAAGCUGCGGAACAAGGUGACCUUUUUACUCGAUUGGGAGCACCAGAAAUCACAACUGAUGAUAAUAGACCACCACAAUAUUUCCAUCCGGGUCUAGAUAUUGCUACAGAUGAAUCACCACCUCCACCUUUAUACUUCAGCGACUAUGAGGUCUCUUCAUUUGAAGAACGGGUAAGACCACCUCGAUCCAGUUGUUUGUCACCUGUAAGGGAAACGCAGUACGAUGAAGAAAUAUAUCGUAGCUUCGAAGAUGUUGAAUAUAAAGGGAAACAUGUUGAUGUACGACCAAUGUCACCAUGGAGAAAUGAAUCUAUUUAUUACACACCUGAAACUGAUAGAACACUUUCUUUGGAUUCCUCAGCUCCUACACAGUUUAUCCCUGGAGUAACUUCCCCCGCAACGCCUCCUUGCCAGUUUCCAGUACAACGUCCUGAUAGUUUUGCAACUCCAGAUUAUGGCGAUGGUAUCUUAGAUGUUACUCCACCUCCUUUUAAUGUAUUCGACGAAUAUUCUCCAUGCCAAGAGGGAGCUGGAGCAAGACAAAGGUCGCCCGUUUUAUCUCCACUUUCGACGCCCGAGGGAGUCGCAGGUCCAUCUAACCGAAGACGGAGGUUCUACAAUUCAGAUUUUGAGAGUCCACCAACACCAUCUCCUCCUCGCGUUCAACGAUUUCCUGUUGCCCAAAAAAUAAAAAAACGAGGGAGAUAUCCACCAGAGCAGGAAUUGCCACUGCCAGACAUACCACAAUUUGGUUUGCAAUGGGAAAAUGAGCUUAGAGCACAACAACAACAACAAAUAAAUGAAAAUUUGGGAGAUCCUGCGUUUGUAUCACGAUUUGAAGAUGAACAAUAUUCCUUUAACGAAACACCCCCAGAUCUGCAACAGUAUGAUAAUCUGGUUGGACAAGUGAGCCCUUGUAUUCCUCGUACUCCUACGGCACCUCCUAUAACUCCUUCUAGUUAUCCACCAAUCAGAACACCACCAAGCGUUCCAUCGGGUUCUCCUAGAACACCACCUUUACCACGUGCACCUCCGCAAGUAGAAGCUCCUUGUGUUGCAACACGAGGUACAGGAUCAAGAAGGAUACCAGUACCACGGGCGAAACCUGAUAUAUAUACAACAAGAUCUCAGGUACUUCGAAUGAAGAAAAUGGAACAGCAGAGAGAUGCUACACAAAAGAUCUCACCUGUGAGUAAAAGAUUGCAGGAGAAUCGAGCUAGACUGGCACGAAUCGACGAAGACCGAAAACUAGCGGCAGCUAGAAGACAACAACAACCAAGCCAGAGAAGAUCUAUACCAAGACUUCGGGACGCAUCAUCUAGAACAAGGGCUGCUCCAUGUCAAUUACCCCAAGGCACGACCAGACCAAGGCCAGUUCCAACAUCCGGCUUAAGACCUCCUGCAGCCGGUAGACCAUCUGGCAUAAGACCUCCAGCGGCCGGUAGAUCAUCAGGCGAGCCACCGAGUCCCUAUUCCGAGGAGCCUGCACAUCUAUCAUUUGCAGCGCAAGGCCAGGUCUGUCCAGGUGCAGGAGCCCCGUCCAUACAUGAUGCAGACGAACAAGAAUUAAGAGAAUUUGAACAAUUAGAAAGAGAAAUGGUGGCAGAAGGUCAAGGACAGGUGUGUCCUGGAGCUACAGCACUACCUGAUGAUGCCCCGGAUCAAAGUGAUUUAAGGAGGAGAUUAUUUGAACAACAAAUGGCCAUACAAGGACCUCCUCGCACAGGGCUUCAAUAUCCUGCAGAAGGAAUUACAUAUUCGCCACAAAGGCCAAUGGAAACGUUUGGACACAUACCACCACGUCCAACAAGACCACCCUCUCCAUGUGCCGUUCCCUAUAGUCCAUCCCAGGAAGAAAUGGCCCCUAAAUCUCUGCGAAAACAUAUAAAAGCGACAGCUGAUGCUCGGUUUCAUCCUGGACAACGUAGAGAUUUGUCUCGGGAAGACCGUCGAGUAAUGAGAGGACCACCAUUGUCAAUGCAUAAUAUACCCGAAAGACCAAACUGA